AUAUUUAUACGAGCAACAAUUGAACGACUGCAUCUGCAUAAAUAAAGAGAGCACCUACUGCAAUACAACAAUUAAAUUUAAAAAUACAAAUUUAAUUUCAGGCUUCGUGCCGUGCCUCGUGUAAACACACACAAACAUAAACACGCACCCACACAGACACACAUUGUUGUGCUAUGAAAUAAUGUCGUCGCAACAGCGCAGAUUUUUACGAAAACAAAACGUUUCAAACAAAAGUGCAAAACUAUAAGCCAACACACACAUCUAUUUUUGUAAUGCCCAACUAACAAGCAUAAUAAUUGCAAACACUGAGAGGGCUAGAAGCUAGAGGUGAAAUGGCUGCAAUAAAGAACAUAACGCUGGGCAUUUUGUAUGGCCUGUGGGAUAGCAUACGAGGCAUGACACUUAUAUUACACAUAGACAAUGAGGUUGCAACGCAAAUGGCCGAGCAGGAGACACUGCGUCAUUUGCGUCGAUUGGACAGAGAACAUCAGCGACAAACAGAGCGCUCACAUUCACCAGUGCCUAGCUCAGCUGCUGAUAUGAUACGAGCUGAGUACACUAAGCGUGCCCAAGAAGAAAACACGGAUGAGCGUACGCUGGAGAAAAUACUGAAAAAGCAGCCUGCGGACGAAGCCAAGCCACAGUGCGAGAAGAAAAUUGCAAAGAAACUAUUCAAAUGCUGCCUGCUCAAUGGCGGCUUUACCUGGCUAAGCAUUGUGCUCUUCGAGAACGUACUGCUGCCCACGUUGAAGUUUUGUCUAACCAUUUUUUAUGGUGCGCAAUCUGACACGUUGCCUUAUGUCUGGAGCUGGCUGCAGCCCAUACUCUCGCUGCUGUUUGGCAUGAUGUGGGUGCUGCCCAUAUUUAUGCUUUCGAAAAUUGUCAGCUCGCUGUGGUUUGCCGAUAUUGCCAAUGCGGCGUAUCGUGUGCGCAAAGGAAGACCGCAGCUCAUACCUGGCAUUAGCAAGCUGGUGGCGGACUUUCUCUUCAGCAUGGUUGUGCAAAUGCUGUUUCUAGUGCAAAGUAUGCUGGUGAAUCUAGUGCCUCUAAAAUAUGUUGGUUCAUCCCUGUGCUUUGUGCAUCUAUGCUUGCUAUACUCACUGUAUUCCUUUGAAUACAAGUGGUUCAACAUGGGCUGGGAGCUGCAUAGACGCCUUACCUACAUAGAAAAGAAUUGGCCGUACUUUUUUGGAUUCGGCAUACCGCUCACGGUGCUGACCAACAUGUCCAGCUCGGUGAUUGUGAGCAGCUGUAUAUUUUCUAUAUUCUUUCCGCUUUUUAUACUCAGCGGCAAUGAGGCAAAGCCUAUAGUAGAUACCACCGAAUUUUCUUUGCCUCUUUUUUCGCCUGUUGUGUUUAUAUCCAAUCUAUGCUUUGGCGGUAAUCCCUGGAGCAAAACCAAUCGCUUGCUGGCAGAGCAACGCAAACAGCUGGAGCAGCAGCAUCGUCAGCGUCAGGAGCUGCUGAUAAAGCAAAAGAAGCAGCAGCACUUGAUGCAACAGCAGCGUUUGGCGCGUCGUGAGUCACAUUCGCGUUCACAGACGCCGCAGCCGGAUUCACCGCAUUAUCGUUAUGCACAGCCGCCUGUGUUCGAUGCGGCGCGUGUACGUGACUCUUCGGCCUCGUCGACGCACAGCUCUACGGCAAAUACGCCCACUAGCUAUAGACCUCCUUAUUUUGGUGGCACCUCAUUGCGAGGCAAUAUAACGCCGAUGGUGCCUAUACCUGUGGCUGGUUCACGCACAAGGCCUGUGGUACAUCAGGAGUCGGGACCAGAUGACUGGAAUUUGUGAGAUUUUCGUUCUUUUGUAACAAUAUAUAGGCUUUAUGCACAUGUAUAUAGAUAAGUAUAUAUAUUAUGUGUAUGUGGUAACGUACUACAACGAACUGUGUAACUUAAAGCCAAUAAGAUUUAGACCCUAAGCAUGAUGACAAUGCUAGUCGCUAGUCAGCAGCGCGAACUAGCAGCUAAUUAUCUAAUUCCUAGUUAUAAGCAUAUCAUACUGUUUCUACCCCAAAAAAAAUUGCUACGUAAUCAUUAGCGUAUUUUUUUUAGCAAUAAUUAUUUCUGCGGGCAAAAGUUCAGCUAAGUAUAAUAAAAAAAUAUAACUUUUGUAUUUUUAUCAA